GCGCAGACGGCUGCGGCUGGGCCGAGGGCGGUGCGGGCGCGUCUGUGGCUGUGCUGGCGCAUCUCUAGAUCCUUUCCAGGAGUUCAGUUAUGGGUGUGAGAGGUUUGCAGGGGUUUGUGGGCAGUACCUGCCCACAUAUAUGUACAGUAGUGAAUUUCAAAGAACUGGCAGAACGCCACCGAAACAAGCACCCUGGAGGUACCCCUACCAUUGUGGUUGACGCCAUGUGUUGUCUCAGAUACUGGUAUACUCCUGAAUCUUGGAUCUGCGGCGGCCAGUGGCGGGAGUACUUUUCUGCUUUGCGGGAUUUUGUUAAGACUUUUACAGCUGUUGGCAUCAAGUUGGUAUUCUUCUUUGAUGGCAUGGUGGAGCAGGCUAAGAGAGAUGAAUGGGUGAAACGAAGACUCAAGAACAACAGGGAGAUCUCCAGGAUUUUCCAUUAUAUCAAGUCACACAAGGAGCAGCCAGGCAGGAACAUGUUCUUCAUCCCAUCGGGGCUGGCCAUCUUUACACGAUUCGCUUUGAAGACUCUGGGUCAGGAAACCCUGUGUUCCUUACAGGAGGCCGACUAUGAGGUGGCAUCUUACGGCCUCCAGAAUAACUGUCUGGGGGUUCUUGGAGAAGACACUGACUACUUAAUUUAUGAUACUUGUCCCUACUUUUCAAUUGGCGAUCUCUGCCUGGAGAGUCUCAAUACUGUCAUGCUCUGUAGAGAGAAGCUCUGUGAGAGUCUGGGUAUCAGCCUGGCAGACCUUCCUCUUCUGGCCUGCCUGCUUGGCAAUGACAUAAUCCCAGAGGGCAUGUUUGAAAGCUUUCGGUACAAAUGCUUAUCUUCCUAUACCUCUGUAAAGGAGAACUUUGACAAAAAGGGUAAUAUUAUCUUAGCUGUAGCAGACCAUAUAUCUAAAGUUCUUCGCUUACAUCAGGGUGAGAAAAAGCUAGAAGAGAUGUUACCUUUGGGACCAAACAAAGCUCUUUUUUAUAAGGGUGUGGCAUCAUAUCUUUUGCCAGGACAGAUAUCUCCGUGGUUUUUCCAAAAACCCAAGGGUUUAAUAACUUUGGACAAGCAGGUGGUAUCCAUGAAUUCAGACCCUGAAUCUGAGCAAGAAGUUCCCAUGUGUACAGACCCUGAAUCCAAGCAAGGAGUUCCCAUGUGUACAGACCCUGAAUCCAAGCAAGGAGUUCCCGUGUGUACAGACCCUGAAUCCAAGCAAGGAGUUCUCAUGUGUACAGACCCUGAAUCCAAGCAAGGAGUUCCCGUGUGUACGGAUCCUGAAUGCAAGCAAGGAGUUCUCGUAUGUACGGACCCUGAAUCCAAGCAAGGAGUUCCCGUGUGUACAGACCCUGAAUCCAAGCAAGGAGUUCCCAUUUGUAUAGAUCAGGAAUCCAAGCAAGGAGUUCCCAUGUGUACAGACCCUGAAUCCAAGCAAGGAGUUCCCAUGUGUACAGACCCUGAAUCCAAGCAAGGAGUUCCCAUGUGUACAGACCCUGAAUCCAAGCAAGGAGUUCCCAUGUGUACAGAUCCUGAAUCCAAGCAAGGAGUUCCCAUGUGUAUAGAUCCUGAAUCCAAGCAAGGAGUUCCCGUGUGUAUAGAUCCUGAAUCCAAGCAAGGAGUUCACUCUAAAUCUAAGCAAGAAGUUCCCAUGUGUACACACACUGAAAUCAAGCAGAAGUUACCUCUAGGGGCAGAUCCUGAAUUUGAGCUAGAAGCACCCAUGUGUACAGACCCUGCAGUUAAACAACAAGACCUCAUGAAUAUGGAGCCUGAAGUCAAACAAGUAACCAUGGUUUCAGACCCCGAAAUCUUAAAGGUUGCUCGAGCACAGCACGUCCAGGCAGAGAGCUACCUGGUGUACAACAUCAUGAGCAGCGGAGAGAUUGAGUGCAGUAACACGUUGGAGGACGCCCUCGACCAAGCUCUGCCCAGCCAGGCUUUUGUUUACCGCCCAGUGCGGCAGCGCGUUUACUCCCUCUUACUGGGGGACGGCAGAGAUGGCACCAGCACCUGCCCCACUGUCAAGGAGUGGUUUGUGUACUCUGGGAACCCACUGAGGCACCCGGACCUCGUCAGGCCUCUGCAGAUGAACAUUCCAGGGGGAACACCUAAUUUGAAAUUAUUGUGGCUGAACCAAGAGCCAGGAAUACAAGGCCGGCGCUUGGAUGCCCUCCUAGGCUGUUUCGACCUUUCCUCCUCAAGAGAAGAGCUGCAGGCGGUAGAAAACCCCUUUAAAGCGUUGUGCUGCCUCUUGAUCUACCUCUUUGUGCAGGUGGACACUCUUUGCCUGGAGGAUCUGCAUGCUUUUAUUGCUCAGGCCUUGUGCCUCCAAGGAAAGUCAACUGUGCAGCUUGCAGACUUGCAGCUUGAUUACAUCGACCCCCGAGCUGUGCAGCUUGGCUCCCUCCUGGUCCGCGGCCUCACCACUCUGGUCUUGGUCAACAGCGCGUGCGGCUUCCCCUGGAGGAUGAGUGACUUCAUGCCCUGGAAUGUAUUUGACGGGAAGCUGUUUCAUCAGAAGUACCUGCAGGCGGAGAAAGGGUAUACCGUGGAGGCUCUCGUGGAACAAAAUAGGUCCCGGCUGACCAAGUUCCACACACUGAAGUCGGUCGUGUGCAAGGCGUGCGUGAAGGAGAACAGACGCAUCAUCAGCAGGCAGCUUUGGCGCUCACACCAGCCAGGCAGGUGGGGGAGGCAGGGAUCUGGCUCCCACAGGACGAGCUCCGGGUACAGCCGGGCAGGCCAAGGACAGCACUGGAGGGACCAGGGACCAGGAAAUAGACAGUAUGAGCCUGACCAUUGGAGAAGACAUUCAUCCUCUUCUGGGUGGUCCAACUGAUGCCCGCCUGCUGGAACAGGACAGACCCUCACGGUCAGAGGAAGAAUGGUUUUAAAGUGUGGACACUGAGCCUAAAGCUCUAAACCUCUAAAUCUCUUGCUUCUCUCCAACCAAGACAUAGGAUAAGAUAACUCAGUAUUUUACCCACUCAGCGGCACUCGAUACAGAUGUGUGAGUGAGGUGACUUGGAUGUGUUGUGUGUGAACUCUGCUCCACUGUCAUUUACAUCGGCACCAGAGCAGGUCAGCUUCUGGAAACCAGGCAGCCAGGCAAGGCUGAGGGCAUAUGGGAAACCGCCUUCCCCUGCCUAGACGUGUUGCUGCGGUUCCACCCCAACCACAGGGAUCAUCCCUGAUUGCUGCCUGUAAACGUGUAGACCUGCGCAGAGAGAACGGAGAAGCCAUGAAUACCUGCGUCAGCCGGGGCUGCGGCAGCUCCCGAGGAAGCAGAGCCUGGCGCAGGGUUCACGCGUCUUCGAGCAGCUGCCCUUGAGUCCCUCAUGCUUGAGUUAAAAAUGCGAGUUACAGCAAAGUUAUUUUCCGAGCGGUCCGCCCAGGCCUGGGACGCGCAGGCCCGAGUGAAAGUUCACAGUGGCUCAGGAGUGCUGCAUGGGUGAGUGGGAACGGUUUGGGGUUACUUACCAUUUUGUUCCAGGGAAUAUCUUGGGACCACCCACGUGUAAAGGACACGUGCAGGAUCUGAGAACAAGCAGCACCUGGAGUCCAGUGACUCAUGCAGGACUGAGACUCGCGGCCUUGUCACAUGCUUGGUUCUGCACACAAAGGAACCGCGGCCACUGGACAGACGGUCUGAUUGGGCUUAUCCGCUCUCCUUUUGUGUUGUGAUGCUGAUCUGUAUCACGAGUUUUUCUGCUAUUGGAACAAGAAAUGAAGACCCACUUCUUUGCUCCUGUUUUUCAUUUGGACCUAUUGUUAAAGUUCUACAGCUGGAAAAACCUCAGGCACCCGGUGAUGUCCAGCCAGGUUUCGGUGGGUUCUGCACCGGCACCUUCACAUCAGGGGUUAGCAAUUGUAAGUCUGUGUACACCCUUGGAAAAAAAGUAAUUCCCGUGUCAGUCUGCUACUGUUAUUCCAAAGCUAUUUAAAUAUGUGCAAAUGUGCGUUAGAGUCCUUAUGCUCAGAGCUCUUUCUAACACAGCUUUCAUUCCAAGAUGUCAUAUAAAUAAAUGAAACAAGAUAAUGAAA